UGGAGGGCAGUGAUGGGAAGCAUGGUGUGAGUUGAGUCUGGAGCUGCCCUGCAGAGCCUGAGGGCCACAGGAAGAAGUUGGGUUGUAUUGUGAGUGCAGUGGGGAGCCCUUGAGAGGUUGAAAGAAGGUGGAGGGUUGAGGGGAAAGGUGCUCAACUUUGCAUUAAUACUGUCUCUCUUAGUUUAGUAGGUACCGCUUGGAGGGGUCUGGAGUGUGCUUGAGGGGCUCUGGGGCUUGUUCGUGGGUGGGCCGCAGUCCAGCAAGGCCUGGAUCAGUGACAUUCGAGCAGGAACCGCCCCCUCUUGUGGGAACCAUAUCAAAUCCAGCUGCAGCUUGAUCGCCUUCAACUCUGACCGUCCAGGUGUGUUGGGCAUCGUGCCUCUGGAAGGCCAGGGAGAGGGCAAGAAAUGCAUGACCCAUCUGGGCUGCCAUUCAGACCUGGUCACAGACCUGGACUUCUCUCCCUUUGAUGACUUCCUCCUGGCCACGGGCUCAGCUGACAGGACGGUGAAACUGUGGCGGCUGCCAGCCCCCGGCCAGGCGCUGCCCUCGGGGCCCGGGCUUGUGCUGGGCCCUGUGGACGUGCAGGUGGAGGUGCUGCAGUUCCACCCCACUGUGGACGGCAUCCUGGUGAGCGCGGCGGGCACGGUCGUGAAGGUCUGGGACGUCGCCAAGCGGCAGCCCCUCACAGAGCUGGUGGCCCAUGGGGACCUGGUGCAGGGCGCUGCCUGGAGCCGGGAUGGAGCCCUGGUGGGCACAACGUGCAAGGACAAGCAGCUGAGGCUCUUCGACCCCAGAGCAAAGCCCGAGGCCUCCCAGAGCAUACAGGCCCACGAGAGCAGCAGGGAUGGUCGGCUGGUGUGGACGAGUACCCAGGAACACCUUGUGUCCACCGGCUUCAACCAGAUGCGUGAGCGUGAAGUGAAGCUUUGGGACACCCGGCACUUCUCCAGCGCCCUCACCUCCCUUACCCUGGACACAUCGCCCGGGUCUCUGAUGCCCCUGCUGGACCCAGACUCCGGGCUCCUGGUCCUGGCAGGAAAGGGUGAGAGUCAGCUGUCCUGCUACGAGGUGGCCCCACAGCAGCCGGCACUGAGCCCAGUGACCCAGUGCCUCCUGGAGAGCGCACUGCGGGGGGCAGCCCUCAUGCCCCGGCGGGCACUGGCUGUCAUGGGCUGCGAGGUGCUCCGUGUCCUGCAGCUGAGCGACACAGCCAUUGUUCCCAUCAGCUACCACGUGCCCCGCAAGGCUGUGGAGUUCCACGAGGACCUGUUCCCAGAUGCCGCAGGCUGUGUACCCGCCUCCGACCCCCACACCUGGUGGGCUGGGAGCAACCAGCAGGUGCAGAGGGUCAGCCUGGACCCGGCCCGCCGACCCCACUCCAGCUUCACUUCCCGCCUGGUGCCCCCUGCAGAGCCUCCCCCUGAUGUGGCCCAGCCUGUAGAGGUGCCUGUGGGCGAUGCGGACCCCAGCGAGGGCUUCUCCUCCCCUCCCAGCUCACUGACCUCGCUGACUUCGCCCUCCACGCCCUCUAGCCUGGGGCCCUCGCUAUCCAGCACCAGCGGCAUCGGCACCAGCCCCAGCCAGAGGUCACUGCAGAGCCUGCUGGGCCCCAGUUCCAAGUUCCGCCACGCUCAGGGCACUGUCCUGCACCGAGACAGCCACAUCACCAACCUCAAAGGGCUCAACCUUACCACGCCUGGCGAGAGCGACGGCUUCUGUGCCAACCGGCUGCGUGUGGCUGUGCCCCUGCUGAGCAGCGGUGGGCAGGUGGCCGUGCUCGAGCUACAGAAGCCUGGCCGCCUGCCUGACACAGUGCUGCCCACGCUGCAGAACGGGGCAGCUGUGACUGAUCUGGCCUGGGACCCCUUUGACCCCCACCGCCUUGCUGUGGCCGGGGAGGACGCCAGGAUCCGACUGUGGCGGGUGCCCCCUGAGGGCCUGGAAAAGGUGCUCACCACUCCUGAGGCCAUGCUCACAGGCCACACAGAAAAGAUCUACUCUCUGCGCUUCCACCCGCUGGCAGCCAACGUGCUGGCCUCCUCGUCCUACGACCUUACUGUCCGGAUCUGGGACCUUCAGGCUGGAGCUGAGCGGCUGAGGCUACAGGGCCACCGGGACCAGAUCUUUGGCCUGGCCUGGAGUCCUGACGGGCAGCAGCUGGCUACUGUCUGCAAAGAUGGGCACUUACGGGUCUAUGAGCCUCGGAGUGGCCCUGAGCCACUACAGGAAGGCCCAGGGCCUGAGGGGGCCCGUGGAGCCCGCGUUGUCUGGGUGUGUGAUGGUCACUGUCUGCUGGUAUCUGGCUUUGACAGCCGAAGUGAGCGCCAGCUACUCCUGUACUCGGCCAAGGCCCUGGCUGGUGGCCCCUUGGCAGUGCUGGGACUAGACGUGGCUCCCUCGACCCUGCUGCCCAGCUACGACCCGGACACCAGCCUGGUGCUGCUUACGGGCAAGGGUGACACGCGCGUGUUCCUGUACGAGCUGCUCCCCGAGGCCCCUUUCUUCCUGGAGUGCAACAGCUUCACGUCCCCCGACCCCCACAAGGUUGUUUACAUCUAUUGGCUCUGUCCGGUGGAAGUACUGCAUGAUGGCAAGCUGCUGCACCUCUCUUCCCAAGUCUAUGUUCAGCAAGUCACGCUGGGCUUCGUCCUCCUGCCCAAGACGGAGUGUGAUGUGCGGGAAGUGGAGUUUGCCCGAUGCCUGCGGCUUCGCCAGACGUCCCUGGAGCCCGUCGCCUUCCGGCUGCCCCGGGUCAGGAAAGAGUUCUUCCAGGAUGACGUGUUCCCAGACACAGCCGUGAGCUGGGAGCCAGUACUCAGUGCCAAGGCCUGGCUGGGAGGUGCUAACAGGCAGCCCCGGCUUCUCAGCCUGCAGCCCCCGGGCAUGACCCCAGUGAGCCAGGCGCCCCGUGAAGCCCCUGCCCGGCGGGCCCCAUCCUCAGCGCUCUACCUGGAGGAGAAGUCGGACCAGCAAAAGAAGGAAGAGCUGCUGAAUGCCAUGGUGGCGAAGCUGGGGAACCGGGAGGACCCGCUCCCCCAGGACUCCUUCGAAGGUGUGGACGAGGAUGAGUGGGCCAAGUACCUGGCCCAGAUCAUCGUGAUGGGGGUGCAGGUGGUGGGCAGGGCCUUUGCGCGGGCCCUGCGGCAGGAGUUUGCAGCCAGCCGGGCAGCAGCUGACGCCCGGGGACGUGCCGGACACCAGUCUGCAGCUGCCUCCAACCUCUCCGGCCUCAGUCUCCAGGAGGCACAGCAGAUUCUCAACGUCUCCAAGCUGAGCCCCGAGGAGAUCCAGAAGAACUACGAGCACCUAUUCAAGGUGAACGAUAAAUCUGUGGGCGGUUCCUUCUACCUGCAGUCAAAGGUGGUUCGAGCGAAGGAGCGCCUUGACGAGGAGCUCAGAAUCCAGGCCCAGGAGGACAGAGAGAAAGAGCAGAUGCCCCCAACGUGAUCACUGGCUCCUCGCACCCCACCCCACCUCGCCACCUCUAAUUUAUAGCUCGGCAAUAAAUGUUUUUUCCACA